UAUUCCUAAAUGUAAAGAACUACUAUUCAUAAAAUAUAUAUUUAGGAAAUGAAUAGGGUACUUGAUGCGAAUGUUUUUUUAAUGUAAAAUUUAAAGUAAAAAUUUAAUUUAGAGUAAUUGAUGUGUAUGCUUAAGAAAAGGAAAAAAAAAGUUAUCCAUUUUUUCAUUAAUUUUAUUUGAUUUAUAAAUAUCAAACUUUUCCAAAGGACACUGUACUUCUUCAUUUCUUCAUGUUCACGUUUUCUCCAUCCGUUUUCUUCGUCACACGUUGCGCACGCCGCAUGCUACACGCCGCACGCCAUGCAACCGCAACGAACUCAGUCGCUGGUCAUGUCAUCCUUCUGCCAACCUUCUGAGGUGGUAGCCGGUCUUUUUCGGCACCGGAAUUCAGUCAUCUUUAGGCCCGACGAGAUCGUCGACACCUACUCUACUUGUACCAGCCACCAACACAUCGUCGGCCGGCCGAGACACCAUCGUCGGCCACGGAAUGUCAUCGCCAGCAUAUCCCCGUGGCACGAGCCCUGCUCCGAUGGAAAUCGCUACAUUGUCGUGAUUUUUCAAACUUGGCAUAGUGAGCGGCAACGCUAAUGCCGGUGGUGACUUUUACCAGCGACCCUAUCGCCAGUCUCCCUGUCGUAAUGCAGUCACCGGUGCUUGUAUGCUUGCAGGCACUACUUUCUGAUUGUUCAGCAGGGGGGCUGGCUUCCAUUCUACACUGUGACGACUUCCGCAGUCUUUUACCAUCAAGCGCGAAUGUUAAAUGCUUUUCUGAUGCUGGUUACUUCAUCGACGCGAGUCGACGAAGAAUUUGCCGUCUUCUUGCAAUUGGAUGCAAACUCCAAGUAGGUGCUUCUUCCCACAGCAUGUGGUGCCUACGAUGAGCACUCCCCUUUCAUACUUAACUCAGCCUAUGAUUCAUGGCGGAUAACAAAUCCACGAGAAGAGUCUCUUUUGUCCCUGUCCCCUUAUAUAUAUCCUUGAAAUGUAUAUAUAUAUAUAUAUAUAUAUAUAUAUAUAUAUAUACUGUGGGAAGAUGUUGAUUCUCCCAUGAAUGAAAACAAUGUGAGCUCUGAAACUACAGACAAGAAGAAACUUAAUUAGACCAUAUAUAU